CUAAAAUUACAGAGCGAUCGCAGAUCGCACCACCGAAAAACUCUAUCUCCGCCAAAUCCAAAUCCCUAAAUCCCCAAAUCCAAGCGGCAUCCUUUGACUCACGACGCCCUAUUCGGAUCCUGAUUGAUAUACGCCUUUCUAUUCUGAACCGAUGGCCUGAUUUUCGAAUCCAUCGACCACUUGCGAAAAAAAUAUUAAUUUCGAGCUCGAGCAUCUUCUGAUUCAUCCAAGUCGCUGAGGUUCACUGUUUUGGACUAAUUGAAAAACUUAGGAAUCAGUAAUUUUUAAUUGAAUAAAGUCAUAGUAUUGAUUAGCUUGGUUUGUUCGAGCUCAAUUUUGAGUUUUCUGACGGUUCGGCCGAAGAAGAGCUGCCAUUUGGCGUCGCUAGUGUGUUGCGGGUAUGGGCGUUUGAAGCUCAAUUUUGGUGUGGAGAGUGCUGUCGCUGUGGGAUUCUUAGUCGAUAACGAAUUUUCUAUUGCUCUCAGACUUUUAAAUGGCUAGCGUCGAUCCAUUCAAUCGCCUGGUGAGACUAACUGCCCGGGCAUUCUAUGAUGAUAUAACGACGAAGGGUGAAAACCAGCAGAGGCCUGGGAGAAGUGAUAACAGAGGGAUUGCUGUUGUCAUUCUUGAUGCUCUUACUAGACGUCAGUGGACUAAGGAGGAAGAUUUGGCUAGGGACUUGAAACUUCACACAAAGCAACUACGUCGGACUCUGAGAUUCUUCGAAGAAGAAAAACUGGUCACUCGUGAUCAUCGCAAGGAGACCUCCAAAAGUGCAAAGAUGUUCAAUGCUGCCGUGGCUGCCACAGUGGAUGGUCAAAAAAAUGGAAGAGACGACGAGAAGCAAAAGUUGCAAACUCAGUCAUAUUGUUGCUUAGAUUAUUCACAGAUAUAUGAUGUUGUCAGAUACAGAUUACGUCGCAUGAGGAAGAAGUUGAAGGAUGAACUGGAGAGCAAAAACACAGUUCAGGAAUAUAUAUGCCCAGACUGCAACAAAAGAUACAACGCCCUUGAUGCACUCCGGUUGAUCACCCCAUACGAUGAGUACUUUCACUGUGAAAGCUGCAAUGGAAUCCUUGUGGCUGAGAGUGACAAGCUGGCUGCUCAAGAAAUGGGCGAUGGGGAUGAUAAUGCAAGCAGACGUCGGCUUGAUAAACUAAAGGACAUGCUAUCAAAGAUGGAGGUACAGCUCAAACCACUGAUAGAUCAACUCGGGAGAGUUAAGGAUUUGCCUGUGCCUGAACUUGAAGGUCUUCAAGCUUGGCUAGUUCGAAAGGCUACUCAACAAGCUGCAAAUGGAGAUCAUAAUACCAAUGACCCUAACAGAUAUAUGAAUGGAGGUUUUGGUGGGACUCCAAUGCCUUAUGUUGGGGAGACUAAGGUUGAAGUUGCAUUUUCUGGUGCGGAUGACAAAGGUGAUGUUAAAUCAAUCAAUGCGAGUACACCUAUGAAGGUUUUGCCUCCAUGGAUGAUCAAGCAAGGAAUGAAUCUUACAAAAGAACAACGUGGAGAGACCAGUCAAGAGACAAAGAUGGGUGGCAGUUCAGUAGCUUUGGAGAGUACCGAUGACAAGAAGGCUGUAGCUUUAGAUGAGGACAAAAAUAAUAUACAGAAUGAAUAUGUCAGAGCCUAUUAUGCUGCUGUACUUGAGAAGCUCCAUCCUGAAAAAGAAGAAAAUAUCAAGAGAGAAGCAGAAUCACCUAAUGAUGUCAUCACCAGUGAAAUGUACGACGCACCAUCUGAGCGUCAAGUAGGCAUGAAGUCAAAACGUGAAGAUGAAUUUGAAGGAGAUGAUAUUGAAUGGGAGGAUGGGCCAUCUACAGGUAACACUUCAGAUCACUUUAAAGUUCACGACUUGAAUGUAGAAGCAGAAGCUACUCAAGAUGACGAGGAUGAAAACGACUGGGAAGACGGAUGAGGACCAUCAAGGCAACCCUUGCAGUUCAACGAGUUUCUCUACUUCGCAGCUUCAUUUCCCAACCCAAAUGGCUCAAUUUUAGAACUCAUUCAGCCGUGUUCUUUGAGUUAUUCGAUUGUUGAUGCGUUGCUGGAGGUAUAGUGAAAAAGACCAAGAUAUUGGUAUUGAGAAAAACUGAUACCCCCUCCUACAUAGAUGAAUUUACAUUUCGAUUGUUUUAUUUUCAUGUUCUUGUUUUUGCUUAGGGUGAUAUAUAUAUUCGCAUCAAGAAACUGUACACAAAAGGAAGAUGCCAUAGCUGAGUUAACAGUGUUAAAAAAAGGAAUUUAAGUGUAUUUCUCGUAUUUUGAGUUUUGAUAUAUACUCUAUUUUAUCAAUGAUAAAUUGUUACUUAUAUGA